GUUUAUGGGUAAUUACUUAGGCAACAUGUGAAUUUCUCUUGGAGAUGAAUAAAGUAUCUAUCUAGUACAAAUGACACAAACGCAACAAAAUGGCACUCAGUAUAAUUACUUACGAAAAGAGCUUCCUGGACCAGAAGGCGACCCCGGGCCAAAGCUCCCUGAGGAGCACAGCUCUGGACAGGUUCCACUUGAUGUCCGCCAAAAGUUCCGAGGCCUCCCGGUCCAGCCGGUCCGAGUAAGGCAGCAGCCCAUUGUACACGAUCGCCUUCUGAGGGACCAGCACGGAGGGACACGCCGGCGUAUGAACACCACCUACGGUCAUCUCCGAGGCCUUGCCGCGUAAAAACGCACAGAGACCGGAUAGGGCGGAUGAUAUGCUGUCAUGGAAGUGCUUUGGCUAUCUGGGUGGCUUAAUCUGCUGCUGCCGAGGACACGCAGCGACGCCGGGGGAAGCGUCCUUGUCUCGCGUGGACACACCGGCGACAGUGUGGAGGACACAAGGAAGCAAGGAAGCAAGGAAGAGGAGGCAAGGCAUUGUGACGGACGGAGGACUUUCCAAAGUGAAGAAGGAUGAGUUGGCUGGCCAUGCUCUUUUGUGCAGCAGCUGCAGGUACACACACACACACACACACACACACAGGUCACAUCAUUAGGUACACACACUCGUCCCCCGUAGGCGUGUGCGGCGAGGGGGUCGCCAACCUGACAUCGGCGGUGUGUCGCCACCCGUGUGAGGAUAUGUCGCAGAUGCUCACCGACAUCCACGACAUGCGUCUCAUCACCGGAAACCUGCUUGAAGACCUGGACAGACUGAUGAGAGAAAAUGACGACAUGCGUGUAGCUCUGGCUGGACUCGACGGCAUCAACGACGAACACCAUCCAAGCAGAGAUGGCGAGGUGGCGUGUGUGCAGGACGGACGGGCGUACGAGCACGGCGAGGACUGGGACGUGGACAGCUGCACGUCCUGCGCCUGCCAGUAUGGAAGGGUGCUGUGUCAUCAGGCGUCCUGUUCUCCGGUGUCCUGCAUCAAUCCGUCCUUCAUGGAGGGGGAGUGCUGCCCCGUCUGCCUGAGUGAGUCACCACACGUCCAAGUGGAACAGCGCGGCUGGCUAACAACCCCACGUACGUACGUUGGUUGUGGAUGUGAAGACAAAGCAGAUGGCUGGUCGCCGUGGUCCGAGUGGUCCGAGUGGACCGAGUGCUCGGCGACCUGCGGGCGUGGAGGGCAGCGAAGGGGUCGAUCCUGCAACGGCGACGUGGCGUCCUGUACCGGGCCGUCGGUUCAAACCCGCAGCUGCACCCUGAUCAAGUGCGAGGGCGACGCGCCAAGUGACGGGAACUGGGGGAUGUGGUCCCCUUGGUCUCCAUGCACCACCACAUGUGGACGGGGGAACAUCACGCGGGUCAGACUGUGCGACCAUCCGCCACCACGGAAGGGAGGCAGAGGAUGCGAGGGCACAGCCUUGGAGAUGCAACCUUGCAACAACACGCUGUGCCCAGUUGCGGGAGGCUGGACGGCCUGGUCGCACUGGGGUCUGUGCUCAAAGUCAUGUGGGGGAGGCCUUCUGAGCCGGCGGAGGACGUGUUCCGACCCUGCCCCACAGUAUGGUGGGAGGCCAUGUGCUGGAGACACGACAGACUACGAGGCCUGCAAUAAGCAAGCAUGUCCUUUGGACGCGUGUUUGCUGUUGAGUCCGUGCUUUCCCGGCGUGGCGUGCUCCUCGCAUGGCGAUGGCGCAUGGCGAUGUGGACAUUGCCCGGCGGGUUCCCACGGCAACGGCACUCAUUGUGAAGAUGACAACGAGUGCGAUGUGGCGGGCGUGUGCGUUACCCAGUGCGUUAACACGGACCCCGGCUUCUUCUGUCAGCCGUGUCCUCCUCGUUACAAAGGCAACCAGCCCUUCGGUCUGGGGCUGGCGGAGGCCCAAAGGAACCGGCAGGUGUGCGAGCCCUACAACCCGUGUAAAGACAACACGCACACAUGCCACCAUCAUGCCAACUGUGUGUACCUGGGCCUGGCGUCACAGGUCUUGUACAAGUGCGUGUGCGGCGUAGGGUUUGCGGGCAACGGUUUCCUCUGUGGUGAAGACGGCGAUUUGGAUGGCUGGCCCAGCAGCAGACUGCCCUGCAACAGGAAUACGUCGUAUCGCUGUCAAACCGACAACUGCCCCACAGUGCCAAACUCAGGACAGGAAGACCUGGACGGGGACGGGCGAGGCGACGCCUGCGAUCCCGAUGACGACAAUGAUGACAUCGUCGAUGAACAGGACAACUGCCCACUGGUGUACAACCCUCGACAGUUCGAUGCCGACCAGGAUGGCGUCGGGGACCGCUGUGACAACUGUCCCUUUGAUAGCAACCCCCUGCAGACGGAUACGGAUGGAAACGGCGAGGGGGACGCUUGCAGUAUUGACAUUGAUGGAGAUGAGGUCCCAAAUGAUGGAGACAACUGUCCACUUGUCUACAACACUGACCAGAGAGACACAGACAUGGACGGUGUCGGGGACCAGUGUGACAACUGUCCCCUUCUCCACAACCCACAGCAGCGGGACUCCGACAGCGACCUGGUGGGCGAUAUGUGCGACGACAACGAGGACAUCGACGAGGACGGUCACCAGAACUCUGUGGACAACUGUCCCUACGUGGCCAACAGCAACCAGGCCGAUCACGACCGGGAUGGCAAAGGGGACGCCUGCGACCACGACGACGACAACGAUGGCGUGCCCGACGACAGGGACAACUGCAGGCUGGUGGCCAAUCAGGAGCAGGCAGACGCUCAUGGGGACGGCACCGGGGACGCCUGCUUUGAUGACUUUGACAAGGACAGCGUUCCAGACGCGCUAGAUCCGUGUCCUCUCAACCAAGACAUCAAGUACACGGACUUUCGGAAGUUUCAAGUGGUUCUGUUGGACCCUAAAGGCACCGCCCAGUCUGACCCGCUGUGGGUGAUCCGCAGCCAAGGAACGGAGCUGCUCCAGACAACCAACUCGGACCCUGGCAUAGCUUUGGGAUACCACAAGUUCAACGCGGUGGACUUCAGCGUGACCUUUUACGUCAACACCAACCGGGAUGACGACUACGCCGGCAUCGUCUUCAGCUAUCAGUCCAGCCGACGCUUCUACGUUGUUAUGUGGAAACAGGUGUCUCAGGCCUACUGGGAGAAGAAACCCUUGAAAGCUUUCGGGACAGCGGGUGUCUCCAUUAAACUGGUCAACUCCACCACAGGACCGGGGGAAUAUUUGCGCAAUGCCCUGUGGCACACCGGGAACACUCGAAACCAGGUGCGGACGUUGUGGCACGAUCCCAACAAAACGGGCUGGAAGGACUACACGGCCUACCGCAUGCACCUCAUCCACAGACCCAAAACUGGGUUCAUCAGGGUGGUGGUGUACGAGGGCAGGCACAUUCUGGCGGAUUCGGGCGGCGUGUAUGAUGACACCCUGGCCGGGGGCCGACUGGGGCUUUUUGUCUUCUCUCAGGAACACGUGCUCUUCUCUGACCUCAGAUACGAGUGCAGAGACAACUGAAAUGUUGAAGAAAUCUACCAGCACUCGGAGACGAGGCCGCCUAAGAAAAGGAUACAUCCUCUUCUUUCUUGUUACAAUACGUUUUUAACGAUUGGAAGUAGGGGACAUUUCUUUGUGGUCAACGAUUUGAUGUGCAAAUUUGAAGUAAAGGGUAUCCAUUUUGGAAAUAUGGGCCAUUAUUCAAAGGAAAGCAUAUUGUUUCAUUACUAUUUUUAUUAAUAUUAGCAUAUUAGCUCUUGAACCCGCCCACAAAGGUGCAGCAAAUACAUAAUGUGAGAGAACCUUUUUGUUAUUACAGUGUCAGCUCAAAGUAAUAUUUGUUUAUUUAUGAUACUGCUUUUAAAUGUUUGUGAGUAGAAAAGCCUACUUUCAGAAACGAUUAUUGUGAAAUAUUUGCCACAAUGCACCUUUCCUUAAUAAAAUGUACAAGUGAAAAUACCUAAAACACAUCUUAUCUUUGAGCAGGACAAACAUUUAGUCUAAACUGCAAACUCAAUGUAAUUUAGUUUCUCUUUUUAAACACAGUCAUU